GCUCUCUGCCUGCUCGACGGCGUAGUGCGAACAGAGGCCCGAGCAGCGGCAGCGGCCUGGGUCCCGUUCCAGGCUCCCGGCGCCGCCCUCCCCGCACCAUGCCCACCGUGGAGGAGCUCUACCGCAACUAUGGGAUCCUCGCCGACGCCACCGAGACCGCCGGCCAGCAUAAAGAUGCUUACCAAGUGAUCUUGGAUGGUGUGAAGGGAGGAGCCAAGGAGAAGCGACUAGCAGCUCAGUUUAUUCCUAAAUUCUUCAAGCAUUUCCCUGAGCUGGCAGAUUCAGCUAUCAAUGCCCAGCUGGACCUCUGUGAGGAUGAAGAUGUUUCUAUCCGACGCCAAGCAAUAAAGGAACUGCCUCAGUUUGCCACUGGAGAUAAUCUUCCAAGGGUAGCAGACAUACUGACCCAACUUCUUCAGUCAGAUGAUUCUGCAGAAUUCAACUUGGUGAACAAUGCUCUGCUGAGUAUAUUUAAGAUGGAUGCUAAAGGGACAUUGGGAGGCUUAUUUAGUCAGAUUCUUCAGGGAGAGGAUAUUGUGAGAGAACGAGCCAUCAAGUUCCUUUCUACAAAACUCAAAACCCUGCCUGAGGAAGUGCUAACAAAGGAAGUAGAGGAGUUCAUAUUAACUGAAUCAAAGAAAGUUCUGGAAGAUGUGACUGGUGAGGAAUUUGUUCUGUUCAUGAAGAUACUAUCUGGCUUAAAAAGCUUACAGACAGUAAGUGGAAGGCAGCAACUGGUGGAACUGGUGGCUGAGCAGGCUGACCUAGAGCAAACAUUUAAUCCAUCUGAUCCAGAUUGUGUGGACAGACUUUUGCAGUGCACUCGGCAAGCAGUACCACUCUUCUCGAAAAAUGUUCAUUCCACAAGAUUUGUUACUUACUUCUGUGAGCAUGUGCUGCCAAACCUCAGCUCGCUCACUACCCCAGUGGAGGGCCUGGAUAUCCAGUUAGAGGUACUGAAGCUGCUUGCUGAAAUGAGUUCAUUUUGUGGUGACAUGGAAAAGCUAGAAUCAAACUUAAAGAAGCUCUUUGAUAAAUUACUGGAGUAUAUGCCCCUCCCUCCAGAGGAAGCAGAGAAUGGGGAAAAUGCUGGUAAUGAAGAGCCCAAGUUACAAUUCAGUUAUGUGGAGUGCCUGCUGUACAGUUUUCAUCAGCUUGGACGAAAACUUCCAGAUUUCCUUACAGCCAAGCUGAAUGCAGAGAAAUUGAAAGAUUUUAAAAUCAGGCUACAGUAUUUUGCCCGAGGGUUGCAGGUGUAUAUUAGACAGCUUCGUCUUGCACUCCAAGGAAAAACAGGGGAAGCCUUAAAAACAGAGGAGAACAAAAUUAAAGUGGUUGCCUUGAAAAUAACCAAUAACAUCAAUGUUUUAAUCAAGGAUCUCUUCCACAUUCCCCCUUCUUAUAAGAGCACAGUUACAUUGUCCUGGAAACCUGUACAGAAGGCUGAUGCAGGGCAAAAAAGAGCAAGUGAAGAUACAACCUCAAGUUCACCCCCGAAGAAAGCUGCAGCAGGACCAAAAAGGGAUGCAAGACAAAUAUACAACCCUCCCAGUGGGAAAUACAGUAGCAACCUGGGUAGCUUUUCUUAUGAGCAAAGAGGUGGUUUCCGAGGUGGCCGAGGGAGAGGCUGGGGAGGACGAGGCAAUCGCAGUAGAGGAAGAAUCUACUGAACAGACCAUUAUAUUCUCCAGGGCUACUACAGGUGAAAGCACCUGUCAAAAGUGAACGUACCAUUCAUCAAAGGAUUGCCUGGGUUAUUGUAUCCCUUCAAGGACUGCCUUCCACUAAAGACUGACUUAAAUGUUCUUUAUACCUUUGUAUGUAUGAUCUACUUUUCUAACGGACUACAAUUCGUCCAUAGUGAAACAGCAACUGUAUUUUUGGAUGCUUACAGUCAGCGACUUUGAGUUCUUAUUUUUGAAGUGUCUUCAGGGUUCAUUCAGAAAUGGAAAACAGCGUAGAUGUUUUAUCUGAAGCUACAUCUUGAUGGUUUGUAUAUUAACCUAAAAAUCAGCUAUUGCAUAAUUAAACUAUAUAAUUGAGUUUGUGUAUAAAAUAACGGACAGGAAAGGCUUGAUUACAAAGAUGUGUCAGUUCAUACUGACAGCUGAAAUAAUCCUUUCCUCAUCUAUAACCAUACUUUGCAAUAUGUGGAGAAGAGUACCAUUGUGAAAUUAGCAUUUACUUACUUUUCAUAAAAAUCGUUGACUGAAAUAAAUGCUGGUUUUAUAACGUCUGCAACAUGGAUGCAAAACUUUUGCCUGUAGCAUGAAGCAAUCCUUUUAUUUUUAAGAUGUGGAGAAUGUGGUGUUUUUGUUUUUGCACAUCUUACUCUUCUCCGUGCAUUGUAACACAAAGGUGACGUUUUGAAAAUGGGUUUUUAAUGUUUAAUAUAAAUGUGUGCAUAUACUUAUGCCAUGAAAUUUCAAUAAACCAACAAGAAAAAACAAAAACAAUAAAUGAGUAGAAAUAUUCCCAGAACGGGGCAAGCCUGAUGUAAUGAUUAAGCUUCAUAGUGUGAAGCUGGACGGAGGAGAUAGCUGGCCUUUCCUGCGCAUUGAACAUUUCUGGGUUGGCUGGCACUUGCCAAUUUUUUUUUGUUUUAAUCAAUACAACUGCAUUUUAAAAAUAUAUAAAUAAAAUUGUAUUUUGGGUAACAGAAAAAUUACAGUUAUGUAGUUUGAUUCAGGUGAAGAAUUAAAGAUUCCAUGCAAUUUAGUUUUUAAUAAUAGCUUGUAAUUCUUAUUUAAAUGCAGACACCCAGUAAAUACCACUUAAAAGAACAGUGGAGGGGGGUGGUGUUUGUUUAGGUUUUUUUUACCACUUAAGAAUUUUUUGCUUUUUUCUCAGGUCAUUCUUGAAAGAUUCACCAUUGAAAGGGUUUAGGUGAUCGUAAAAAGAAGGAAAGUUGGAAGGGAAAAUAAUUUUAAGUGUUCAGAGAUAUGUUGACAUAAAAUAGCUUAGGCUUUAGAAGUCUGAAGGAUUUCCCUUUAAUUUUUUUUCAGUCAUUUUUAUGUCCAUACCCCAACAAACCAAAUGCCUGAAAGUGAUGUUUUCAAUUUAGUUUCGCGUGUAUUUGUGAGUCAUAGGAUAUGAAUCUGAUACAGGUGUCUUCAUUAGCAUGCUGAUAUUUAUCGCUGCAAUCUGAGGAUAUGGCAUGGGCAUUUCUGGAACCUAGUGCAAGAUCUGGAAGAAAACAAUUAUUUAGAGAGGCCUGCAUAGAAAAACUAUUGAGGUUAAAGAAGCAGUAAACUGAAAUUUCUUAACUUUGGAUCUGUGAUUGUAAACUUUGGACAUUCCAAAAGCAUUUGUGCUGAACUUGCAUUUCCAGUUUCAAGAGAGCUGCUAAAUUUAGAUUGUCACUAAGAUACUAACGAUAUGAACAAUAACUUUCACAUAUGGAAAAAAAAAUAUCAGUUUGGUAACAGGUGCUGGAUAGGUGGUACAAAUGUUGCAGGUGAAAAUUUGGCCUAUUGCAUAUGUGGUAAUUAGUUGACUUUUUUUUUUUUUUUAACCAACGAUUUUCAUAGCCUACUUGCAAGCACAGUUUAAGACUAAUCAUUGGAUACAAGCAGCUUCCUUCUCACUGAAGUUGAGUGAGUUGACUUUAUGGGACUCUACUAGAGAUGAUGUUACACAAAGUUCUUGCUGCCUCAGAAAUAGCUAGCUUCCCCUUCCUUUUAUUCUUAACGUCUGAGGCUGUGAAUUCUUCUGGAGACACCUGUUGACCACCUUGUUCAACUGUAAAUGUUCCCUUAAUGCUUUUGAAAUAAAAUUCAUUUUGUAAUUUUG